AUGAGCUGCGUUGAAGCAACAGAGAGAGAUCAAGCUCGACUUUAUAAAGAGAGAGAUCAAGCUCGACUUUAUAAAGAGAGAGAUCAAGCUCGACUUUAUAAAGAGAGAGAUCAAGCUCGACUUUAUAAAGAGAGAGAUCAAGCUCGACUUUAUAAAGAGAGAGAUCAAGCUCGACUUUAUAAAGAGAGAGAUCAAGCUCGACUUUAUAAAGAGAGAGAUCAAGCUCGACUUUAUAAAGAGAGAGAUCAAGCUCGACUUUAUAAAGAGAGAGAUCAAGCUCGACUUUAUAAAGAGAGAGAUCAAGCUCGACUUUAUAAAGAGAGAGAUCAAGCUCGACUUUAUAAUGAGAGAGAUCAAGCUAGAUUUUAUAAAGAGAGAGAUCAAGCUAGAUUUUAUAAAGAGAGAGAUCAAGCUCGAUUUUAUAAAGAGAGAGAUCAAGCUAGAUUUUAUAAAGAGAGAGAUCAAGCUCGAUUUUAUAAAGAGAGAGAUAAAGCUCAAUACUACGUAGACGUGGGAACAUGUCCCCAAAGACCUGAUAAAGAAAAAAAACUUCCAGAAAAUGUCAUUUCAAAGUCUACUGACGAUAUUGAGGAUGAAAUGGAUAACUUUGAUGGUGGAACUUUUGAUGAAGAUUAUUUCUGA